UAAAAAAUGCAGCAGCACAUACUCAGCAAAAACCAGUAUCGAAGAAAUAAGGGGCAUAAGAAUGACCAAUGAUGACAUGAAGAACAGCAACAUUACUGACAAUAUUUUCUGCUAAAGCUUUGGAACAAAACACACCCCAAGAAGCGAAUAUUCCUUAUAGGUCUAGCGAGAUGGAGAGGCCCAGCGCGAAGUGGUCAGGACAGGAACCUCGAAUUCUGGCUGACCUCCUCCCCUUCUUGGUGACCUCGACAACCGCCCGCCAGAUUCUCCUUAUCCAUGACCUCUCUGCGCCUAAUAUUUCUCCCGCCAUUCGAGCCGUCUACGAGCAAUGGUAUGGUGUCACAACCAUCAGCUUCCAAAGCGCUGCGGAUUUUUUCGACUUCAUAGUGAAGGCGCUUUCGAACGUGUCGGAGAAGAGCAUCGCGAUCGUCAUAUGUUCUGGCGGGAACACGGUCGCCAUCUUCGAAGCUAUAAGAGAGAAGGACCUGGAAUCGCCCAAGAUCCAGUGGUUCGUGGUUAUGCGAGAGAAUUUAACCUUUGACCUGACGCUGCUUUGA